AUGAGUUUUGCGAGUACGAGCGUAACGGCAGCGCAAGCGCGGGAUAUUCACCGCACCACGCUUCAUUUAGGCAGACGACGAAAACAGUGCAUAAAACUCGAGAGAACGCGUGCAGUUCGCGAUGACGAUGACGAAGAGAAAGAAGAUACCCAUGAAUACGGAAUACUUGGAAAAUCGAGAGCUACGUACGCUUCUUCGGGCGAGACGAGUUAUAGCGAUAGCGUGUACGACAAGUUUGCCAUCGCUUUAUUUAACGCCAAGUUAGCAGGGAAAAUCAUGGAAUCAACCGAAGGUGUUUUAUCCUCAGAAGCAAAGCAGUUUUCCAUGUUUUCAUACCAGAGACUGGUUUAUUUAGCGAACGAAGUUGGCGUAGUAUUUAAAGGCACCGACGCUCAGAGAAAAGUCGUGACGGAGACGUUGUUAGAAUUAAUUCCGGAGAUUAUCAGGAUAUUGUUCAAGAAACUUAUUAAACCAUCGAAUUGGGUGGACGAACUGAACAGUUUUAUCACGGUACAGUUCUUCGGUUGGCUCGUCGGGCCAUCCGAACGCGUUCCGAGAGAAAGCGAUGGUGUACUCGCCGCUGUAAAGUUAAAGAAAUGUAGAUAUUUAGAACAAUCAGGAUGCGUAGGAUCGUGCAUGAACUUUUGCAAAGUUCCUACGGAGAAUUUCUUCAAAGAAGCCUUCGGUGUAGAUGCGCAUCUUCAGCCCAAUCAUGCCGACGGUAGUUGCGUACUGACGUUUGGGGAAAAGUUAUCAGACGAGGAGAUUUUCUCAGCACCGUGCUAUCUAACGUGUAAAAGCAGAAAGCUUGGCAUCAGCAGCGGAGGGGGAGUGGGCACGAUCGAACGUAAUGACGGAUCAGUGCAGGAGCCAAAGUGUUGGAAAUUACCGUGA